AUGUUCAAAAUUCUCGUCAUCGCUUUUUUGGCUCUGGCCGUUCACGUCACCGCUAAUAUUGAUGCUACUGGUUUUGGAAUACCAGCAGACAACCACAAAACUGGAUUCGGAGGCCCAAUUCCAGCAUCUUCCGGCCUUGCUGACGAAGGACAACAGCAACUUCAGUUAGUUGAUGUCAGCCCAGAAGCUGAGGGACAACAAAGUGUUGCUCACGUGAAAGAAAUGUUCUCCAACGUCUUCAACAGCAUUAAGACACAACGUGAACAAGCAGCAGACGCCACUGCUACACAAACGAACUAA